CACAGGAGGCCAGGGGAGGAGGAGUUCUCACCUCAGCAACAGAGGUGGUCCUGGGGCCUUCAAAGGCGGCACCUCCAGGGCCUGCCACGUGGCCUCCUAGGGGACACACUUCAGGGCUUGGUGCCAAAUGCCUGGAAACUUGCAAGCUCCCUCUGUGGCUGCUUAUAAAAGCAGUUCCAGGCCAUGCUCCUUAAGGAGGAGAGACGACGGGGACGGAACCAGGCAGGGAGGGCAGAGAUUCAGACCAGGCCAUGCUCGCUGCCUCCAUCUUCCGUCCGACUCUGCUGCUCUGCUGGCUUGCUGCCCCCCAGCCAGCCCAGCCCGAGGCACUCUUCCAUAGCCGGGACCACUCGGACCUGCAGCUGUCGCCCCUGCGCCAGGCCAAGCCCAUCACUGACCUCCAUGAUGCUCAGGUAGGAGAAGGCCAGAAGAACAGGAUCACCCACAUGCACGAGAUGCCGGCCGCGGGCGCCGCCAGGGCUUUCUCCAAGAAGACCCUGAGCUGGAGGCUGGCGCGCGAGGCCCCCAGCGGCCAGCUGUCGCUGCACGAGCAGAGGGCCAUCUUCACACUGGCCUUCAGGAUGUGGAGCGAGGUGACGCCGCUGCACUUCCGCGAGGAUCUCACCGCCCCCGGGGCCACCGUCGACAUCAAGCUGGGUUUUGGGAGAGGCCGGCACCUGGGCUGUCCUCGGGUUUUUGACGGGAGCGGGCAGGAGUUUGCACACGCCUGGCGCCUGGGAGACAUUCACUUUGACGACGACGAGCACUUCACGCCUCCCAGCAGCGACGCGGGCAUCAGCCUUCUCAAAGUGGCCGUGCAUGAGAUUGGCCAUGUCCUCGGCCUGCCUCACAUCUACAGGACGGGAUCCAUAAUGCAGCCCAAUUACAGUCCACAGGAGUCUGCGUUUGAGCUGGACUGGUCAGACAGGAAAGCAAUUCAGAGGCUGUACGGUUCAUGUGAAGGAUCAUUUGAUACUGCAUUUGACUGGAUUCACAAAGAGAGAAACCAAUAUGGGGAAGUGAUGGUGAGAUUUAGCACAUAUUUUUUCCGCAACAGCUGGUACUGGCUUUAUGAAAAUCGAAACAACAGGACACGCUACGGGGAUCCUAUCCAAAUCCCCACUGGCUGGCAUGGACUCCCCACACAGAACAUAGAUGCUUUCAUCCACAUCUGGACGUGGAGAAGAGAUGAACGUUAUUUUUUUAAAGGAAAUCAAUAUUGGAGAUACGACAGUGACAAGGAUCAGGCCCACACAGAAGAUGAACAAGGAAAACGCUACCCCAAAUCGAUUUCAGAAGGAUUUCCUGGCAUCCCAAGUCCCCUAGACACUGCCUUUUAUCACCGAAGACAGCAGUUAAUUUACUUCUUCAAGGAGUCCUUUGUAUUUGCAUUUGAUGUUAACAGAAAUCAAGUACUUAAUUCUUAUCCAAAGAAGAUUACUGAAGUUUUUCCAGCAAUAAAACCACAAGACCAUCCUUUCAGAAAUAUAGAUUCAGCUUACUACUCCUAUGCACACAACUCCAUUUUCUUUUUCAAAGGCAAUGCAUACUGGAAAGUAGUUAAUGACAAGGACAGACAACAGAAUUCUCGGCUGCCUUCUAAUGGUUUACUUCCAAAAAAGUCUAUUUCAGAGAAGUGGUUUGACCUUUGUGAUGUCCACACUUCCACACUGAACAUGUAAUGAGACAGAGGAAAGUGGAGGUAGUCAUAGGAUAUCUCUUACAAAAGUCUGAUUUCUUUUACAAAGACAACAAACCAGAUUUUAGUAGCCGAAGCAAGUAUGGCUCCCUAAGUUAAAAGCCAAUGGAAAAAGCAUUACUUGAGUUUUUAAAAUAUGUGAUUUAAAAAUCAAAUGCUCACACAAAA